UCUUACAUGCUGCUCUCACUCAGGUCCGCUUCAGAUAAGCUAUUUAAACAUGACAUCCUCCUCCUGCAGCCUCACACAAAUUCAGCAGCGAAUAGAUGAAGUCAUGCGGUUUCUGUCAGCAACACUGAGCAUCGCAAACGCUCACACUGUGGAGUUUUACACUCACGACGUGUGGAAACGCUUCAUGGCUGUGCCACCAGAGGAGGUCCUGUCAGCCUUCAGCUCAUGGAGUGACCACCAGAGGGAGCCAGAGGUCAGAGGAAAAGCUUAUCACGAGCAAUCCAGCACCACAUUUGGGUUUUGCAAUGAUUCAAAUCGGCUGGUCGAUACCCACGAACUGUUGCAGGCAGCCAAAGCCCACUCUCUCCCUGGCCUGGGAGUCUGCAUGAGCAGGGAUGAACUACUGCAGGCCCUCAGACAUAGCAGGUCUGAGCCUGGCAAUCCACCAGCAGAGUUAGGUGCUGAGUUGGAGCCAGAGGAGUUUAUGAACUCCAAGAAAUCCCAUGAGGUCCAGUCCAUGUCUGAGGUGGUUGCUUGUCUGGCCAAGCGCUGUGGAGUCAAACAGGUGAUAGACAUUGGUUCAGGGAAGGGCUACCUGAGUUCCUUCCUGUCCCUGCAGCACGGCCUUCAGGUCUAUGGCAUUGACUCCUCCAGCACCAACACCCAUGGAGCCCAAGAGAGGAACAGGAAGCUCAAGAAGUUCUCCAGGGUGUACCAGAAACAUAAGAAGACCAUGAGGGCACAGGGAGAGACCACACAAUCACCUCAGGAAGAGUUAACAGAAAUAAAAUCUGGACUAAAUGGAGAAGAUGAUGUUUUAUAUGGUGCUGGAGCAAAAAGUGUAUCACAAGAAGAGGAGGAGAAGGGGCGACCACCAGCAUUAAUCAACUCAUCUGAUGUUGACUCUGCUGUGGAAAGGCAUUCAGAGCCAAACCCAGAAGUGGAGGAGCUCUUUCUUAGCGCCUUAUCAGUGGAUGUAAUACAGCCUACAUCUCCCAGAGUUCCCCCCAGCCAACUGAGUACUGAGGAGAGGGAAAGGAGGAAGAGGGAGAACCUGGAGAGGAAAGCUAAGAACAGAAGCAACAAUGCCAGCAUUGAGUUUUCACCCCUCACAUCUUACGUUACUGCGGAAACUGAACUCCGAGAACUCAUCAAUGAGCUGGAGGAUGCGGUCAUGGUCGGACUGCACACAUGUGGCGACUUGGCUCCCAGCACCCUGAGGAUGUUUGUGGCAAAACCAGAGCUGGCUGCAGUCUGCAGCGUGGGCUGCUGCUAUCACCUGCUGACUGAAGAGUUUGACCCAGCCGGACAGGAGUGUUUGCAUGGCGUGUGCGGUUUCCCUCUCAGUCAGUACCUCCGCCACCUCUCCUGCUUCUGCGGCAGAAACGCCAGAAUGUCGGCGUGUUUGGCAUUGGAGAGAGUUUCACUGGGCCAAGGGAUUCAGAUGGAGUCUUUGUUCUACCGGGCCGUCCUUCAUGUUAUUCUGAGGGAUCACUACAGCUGCUUUAAGAGUGAGAAGCGAGUGGGGAACGUCUACUCCAAGAGCAAAUCAUUCGUGGACUAUGUCCGUCGGGCUCUACGCAGACUGGAUCUGGAUGAAUCUAAGCUUACUGAUUGCGAUAUCCAGGGUUACCAUGACAAUCACAGGCGACGAAUGACCGAGAUGCACGCCUUUAAUCUGUUGAAGGUGACCUUGGCUCCCUGCAUUGAAGGUCUGAUUCUUCUUGAUCGUCUAUGCUACCUGAAAGAACAGGAGGACCAAUCAUUUUCUGCACUGGUUCAGCUCUUUGAUCCGCUGCUGUCACCGAGAUGCUACGCUGUCGUUGGACUGAAGAGUUGUGGAGAUAGAACUACAAGCUGAUGAAUGUAUGCAGAUGAUUACAAUGUUCUUACUGGGUGGACAUGAUUAUCAAUGAUCAUAUCAGCCAUCAUACAUCAGGAGGGAUUACAUUAUGUAUGUGUUUUCUCCAGCUAAUUUUAAUUUGAUCUAUGCUUUAAUCUUGAUGUUGUUAUUUAUUUAUGC